UGUUCGUGUGCAUUCCUUGCCUCCAAGCCAACGUUGCAGCACACAACCACCCGAUACACAACACACAAACAACACACCGACCAUCCAUCACCCUCAGCGUAAGCUGAACAGAUAAACCAGAGGGGAUCCAACCACACUGCCAGUUGUAAUCGUUGGCGCACUAACGUGUAGCUAACAGCACGGACCACAGAACAACACCAACAACAGAACACCAAGCAGAAACACCAACAGAACAGCGGCACCAUGCCUGCGGAUACCCAUCAUAACAAUGACCCCUCAACCAGCCUGGCGUUGAAGUUGUUCUUCCUGGUGUGCGGCCUGAGCGUGUUUGCGCGUUCAGAGGCCGUGUUCAUGCAGACGCAGAUGUAUGCCAAGUGCUUUGGGCUUGGCGACCGCUUCUACGCACUCGCCUCGUGCGCCAUCUUCAUGCCGGGCAUUCUGGUGCAGAUCAUUCAGAACAAGUACGACGUGCUACACGACCUCAAGUACGGCACGUACAAGGCGACGACGACGCGGCUGCUUGUGGCGGUGCUGGGGUCCGUCGCCGCGCUCCUGGGCCUAGUCCUCGGCGCCUUUGAGAACAUGAAGCUGGAGGGUGAUCUUGGCUUCAUCUACGCGCUCAUGGGCGUUCUGGGCCUGGGCAUCAGCAUCAGCUUUGGCUGUUUCGUGCAGGUCAUCACCAUGUUCCCACCGAGCAUGCACCCGUUCUUCUUCGUCGGCACCUAUUCGCCCUUUCUCAUCUUUGCGCCCAUCAACAUUGCGGUCCAGGACCUCUGCGUCAAAGACGAGGACGACCACUGGAUGGUGCGCUGGCACAGCGUGUUGGUGUACUACUUGCUGGCAGCGUUUCUCACGCUGGCGGGCCUGCUGUGCUACUUUGGCAUCGCAAAGCACCCGCGCGGCAAAGCCGUCUUCAAGCGCAAGGACGCCGAGCUCCGCGCUGCUCUUGUGCGGGCACAGCUGACCUCCGCCGAUGACGACAGCACAUACGGCAGCGUCAACAGGCGGACCAAAGACGGCAACAGCCAGCACACGCCGCUGCUGCCGGCGGGCUCGUCGGCGGUGAGCGGGGAUGGCGCAUCUGUGGUGGCGGGAACAACGCGAAGGCGCAGCAGCAGCAUCAAGAGGGCGAAUUACGGCAGCAGCAACAACGCAAGUGCAGACGUGGCCAGUCUCCACAACAACAGCAACAGCAACAAUGGUCGUCACCACCAUGGCAGUGAUGAUGAGGAGGCGGACAGCGAUGUUGAAGACGGCAGCACCAGUGCCAUGAUGCCCCUCCUCAAUGGCAGCAGUGGCAGCAGCAGCAGCAGCUCCGCACCACCGACAUCGUCAUCGUUCGGUAGACGUGACCACGGCAAGCCGUCCGCGGCCACGGUUGCAGAUGCGCUGUCCACUGCGUCGUCGCACUACACCAACUGGGAUAUGCUGCGCAUGUGUUGGAAGGAGAUGACAGCGCAGCUGCUCAUGACAGUGUGCUCCACCCUCGUCGCCUCGCUCUAUAUCAAGUUUAAGCCAACGCAAUACGACGACCUCCCCACCCUCCUCCAGUACGACUACUACAUUUGCGGUGCGCUCGGCAUCCUAACGACAUCCAUCGACGUUGUGCGCCGCGCCCUCACCUCCCGCAUCAUCCUCAUCCUCUCCUUUGUCCGGCUCCUCGUCAUCCCCUUUGCCAUCCUCUACGCACGCGACGUGCUGCCGCGGAGCGACAUUGGCGUGCUGGUGGUGAACGGCCUGCAGAUGUAUGUUGGCGGGGGCGUGUUUGCGCUCGCCUUCUCCCACGCGUCCAACCAGUUUGCCGCCAAACCAGACCGCACCAAGGCCUCCACCAUCAUGAACACGUGCUACUACAUUGCAAUGGCCAUUGCGCUCGGCGUCUCCCUCGCCAUCACUUAACCGCUCACACACACACACACACACACACACACACACACACACACACACACACACACACACACAUGUGCCCAACUGUGUCUUCUCUGACACUGCAGCUGCAGCGAUCGCUGACGUGUGCACAUGAUUCCCUCUUCACAACCCACCUGCCCCGCUCUCCUGUUUUGCUCUUGCGCCCUUCCCCCUCCUCCCCCUCCUCCCCUGCUCCUUUCUCCUCUGUCCAUACCCCAUCCCUCCACCACUAAUUGACCAUUUGAAGUUAGGUGUACCCUUUCUACUCUUCUCCCGUCCCUUUUGUGGCACGCGAAGAUUUCUCGCUGUACGAUUUCAACCUGAUCUAUUUGUAUCUGUUACCCCAUGCCCGCUCGCUGCAUGUGUGUUGUGUUGUGCGUGUCUGUUGUGUGGUGUGUUGAUUCCACGCACCUCUCUGUCCCUCUGUCACAUUCUCCGUGUCGCGUGUUAUUGCGCGAGCUUUCGCGCUCGUACUCAGCUGCUUUCUUGCGUGUGCAGGCGUUGCUUGCAUGCACGCACCACUUGGAGCUUUGGCUUGUUUGGCUGUGACAUGACGCUGUUGUCGCCUAGCAAUGUACAAUAUAUUGAGUGCCAAACUAUGGCGACCCUGAUCAUGCAACGGCAUCAUCGCGUGUGUACAAAAAGCA